AUGCCUUCAUCUAUACUGACAUCAACAAUGUCACCAUAUCAUUCUCAAUAUUUGAAUAACCUAAGAGAUGAUUCUUCAACAAACAUAUAUCCAGAUUCAGCAGAUGGAACUUUAGUAGUUAUGAUAGUACGAGCGAAACAUUUACCAAAUAGAAGAAAAUUAGAUAAACAAUCACCUUAUGUAGUUAUAAGAUUAGGAACAGAUGCAAAAAAAACAAAAGCAGAUUUUAGAGCUGGUCAAACUCCAGAAUGGACUCAUGAAGUAAGAUUUAAUAUUAAUCGAGAUAGAAAACCACUUUUAAAAAUAGAUAUUUUAGAUGAAACUAAAAAUGAUCCUACACCAAUUGGUAAUUGUGAAAUUGAUGCAUCUAUUGUUUUUACACAACCUUCAAAUGAACAAAAUGGGAAAUAUAUUUAUGAUAAAUGGUAUGAUUUAACUUAUAAUGAUAAAAGAGCAGGAAUGUUGUAUCUUGAAAUGACAUUUUACCCAAGUGCACCAGUACUACCUCCAAAAAUCCCAUCUAAUGAUAGUUACGAGUAUCACCAGACUUUAAAUCAACAUUAUCAAGAUUUUGAAUCUCCUAUAUCAACAUCACCAAUUAAAAAUGAAAAUGCAAUUCAAGAUGUAUUUGUAUCUCUGGAAAACUCAAAUUCAAGCAAAAAAUCAUCAUUAUUUCUGAAAACAAAUCAAUAUUUUACUACAUCAAUGGAUUCAAAUAAUUCAAAUAGUCAUUCAAGUCAUGAAAAAUCAAAUGAAGUAUUUGUACAAUUAUCUAAUAGAGAUGGUUCAAAAAGUCCUAAUAAAUUUAAAGCUAAAUUUUCAAAUUUUAAAGAUAAAUUCCAAUCUAAACAACCUUUAUGGGGUAAAAAUGAUGGCAAUUACAUUUCAAAUGGAUAUAAACGAAAUAUUUCACCAAUAAGUGCAUAUGAAUCAAAUGAAAUAGAUAAUUUAGAAAAAGAAAUAUCUCGAAGUCAAAUUGGUUAUGGGAAUAAUAUUAAUUUUCAAGAUGAUGAAAAUGAUGAUAUAAACUUUAGAUCUCCUCCUACUCCACGACAUCAUCAAAAUUUAGAAAAUCAUUCAUCAAUUCCUGUAACACCAGAUAAAACUCCAACUCCCCCAAUACAUAAAAAACCAUUACCAUCAACACCAAGACGUAAACCUCCAACAUCUUCUCCAUCAUUAUCAAAAAUUGAUUUUAAAGAUAGUACAGCAAUUCCAUUUUCAGCAGAUUCAAUAGGAGUUGAUGAUGACGAUGAAUUACAAAAUCAUUUACCUACAAAAGUAUAUUUAUUUGAUGAGCCUGUAAAAUCAUUAACAUAUAAUGCAAAAACUGGAUCUAGAACUCCAGAAUUGGAUAGCAAACAAUAUAAAGAUGAAAUUGAUCCUCAAUAUUAUGCACCAACUCCAAGUGAACAUUUUAAUAGAAAAAUGAAAUUUGAAAAUGGAGGAAUAACAAAAGAUGAUUUAAAAAUUGAUAUGAGAACUAAAAAAACUGGAUAUUUAGGUAAUGGAAAAUUUAGUCCUAGUGUUUUUCAAAAAGCAUCUCAUAUUAAUCCAACUACUACAGGUAGAUCAUUUAAUAUAUAUGAUGAGAGUGAUGACGAAAAUGAUGAUGAUGAUGAACGAAAUAAACCUAUGGUACCACCAAAAAUACCGAAUGGAUUAAAUGCUAUAGAAUAUUAUAUUUUGGAAAAAGAGAAAGUAAUAAAAGAUUUUCAAGGUAGAAGAGCAUAG